AUGUCAAAUAACAUCUCAGGGUUUUCAUCUUCGAAACCAUAUCUUCGCACUUAUAAUGAAAGACAAGAAGAAUUCAUGAUAUUAACUAACUUUUCUUUUACGAACUUUAAUAUUGAUGAUCUGAACAUUGACAAUUAUUUUGACUUCUAUAAUGGAGCUCUCACCAAUCCUUUUAACAAUAAUCAGACAAUUAAUAAAUUCACACAAUUAAUACAAAAGCAGCACGGUGUUGACCGGGAAGUUAUGCAAUAUAAGCACCAAGAUGAUGAGAAAUAUGAAUGUAGUGAUGAAAAUAAUGAUCUUGUAAUUCAAUUUGGUGCUACUUUCUCUAAUUGGAAUUCUCUAGAAAAUGCAUUGAAAGGUAAUCAAUAUGAAAAUGAUGUAGCAGAUAUGGUUAAGUGGCUAAUGAAGCAACAAGAGCAAGAGCCAAGAUAG